AUGCUGUGUGGGAUCAGCCGGGACAGCCCUGCUGAGGCAGACGAUGGGCCUUACUCAAAAGCGGGGAAGGACGGAACAGGGGCUGAUGGGGCCCUGGUGUGCCGCCGCCAGAGCAUCCCAGAGGAGUUCCGGGGCAUCACCAUGGUGGAGCUGAUCAAGCGUGAGGGCAGCACUCUGGGCCUGACUAUCUCGGGAGGCACUGACAAGGACGGGAAGCCCAGAGUCUCCAAUCUGAGACCUGGGGGCCUGGCGGCCAGGAGCGACCUACUGAACGUGGGCGACUACAUCCGCUCAGUGAAUGGGAUCCAUCUAACCCGGCUCCGACACGACGAGAUCAUCACCCUGCUGAAGAACGUGGGCGAGCGCGUGGUGCUGGAGGUGGAGUAUGAGCUGCCCCCGCCCGCUCCCGAAAACAACCCAAGGAUCAUCUCUAAGACAGUGGAUGUCUCCCUCUACAAGGAAGGCAAUAGCUUUGGCUUUGUUCUCAGAGGAGGUGCCCAUGAGGACAGGCACAAAUCCCGCCCAUUGGUCCUGACUUACGUGCGACCUGGUGGCCCAGCAGACAGGGAAGGCUCCCUGAAGGUGGGUGACAGACUGCUCAGCAUAGAUGGGAUCCCACUGCAUGGGGCCAGCCACGCCACUGCCAUAGCCACCCUGCAGCAGUGCAGUCAUGAGGCCCUUUUCCAGGUGGAGUACGACGUGGCCACCCCAGACACAGUGGCCAAUGCUUCAGGCCCGUUGGUGGUAGAAAUAGCCAAGACCCCAGGAUCUGCCCUGGGGAUCUCUCUCACCACCGGCUCCCACCGGAACAAGCCAGCUAUCACCAUCGACCGCAUCAAGCCAGCCAGCGUGGUGGACAGGAGUGGUGCCCUGCAUGCUGGAGACCACAUCCUGGCCAUCGAUGGCACCAGCACGGAACACUGCUCACUGGUGGAAGCCACCAAGCUCCUGGCCAGUGUGACUGAGAAAGUACGGCUGGAGAUCUUGCCUGCACCCCAGAGUCGUCGGCCCCUCAAGCCCCCAGAGGCAGUGAGAGUACAGAGGAGCGAGCAGCUGCACCGCUGGGACUCCUGCAGCCCCUCUUGCCACAGCCCAAGGCCAAGCCACUGCAGGGCCCCCACCUGGGCACCUGGAGGCCAGAACCAGAGCCGAUCCUUGUCCUCAACUCCCUUCUCCUCACCAACCGUGAACCCCGCCUUUCCCUGUGCCAACGCCAGCACCCUGCCCCGAGGACCCAUGAGCCCCAGGACCACAGCCGGGCGGAGGAGGCAGCGAAGAAAAGAACACAGGAGCUCUUUGUCACUGGCCUCCAGCACGGUAGGGCCAGGCGGGCAGAUCGUCCAUACAGAGAGCACAGAAGUUGUGCUCUGUGGAGAUCCCCUCAGUGGCUUCGGCCUCCAGCUCCAGGGAGGCAUCUUCGCCACCGAGACCCUGUCCUCUCCACCGUUGGUGCGCUUUAUUGAACCUGACAGCCCCGCUGAGAGGUGUGGUCUGCUGCAGGUGGGGGACCGUGUCUUGGCCAUCAAUGGCAUUGCCACUGAGGAUGGAACUAUGGAAGAAGCCAACCAACUGUUGCGGGAUGCCGCACUGGCCCGCAAAGUUGUUUUGGAGAUCGAGUUUGAUGUGGCAGAAUCUGUCAUCCCAAGCAGCGGGACCUUCCAUGUGAAGUUACCCAAGAAGCGUGGUGUGGAGCUGGGCAUUACCAUCAGCUCAGCCAGCAGAAAGCGAGGGGAACCCCUGAUCAUCUCUGACAUCAAGAAGGGCAGCGUGGCGCACAGGACUGGCACCCUCGAGCCAGGCGACAAGCUGCUGGCCAUUGACAAUAUCCGCCUGGACCACUGUCCCAUGGAAGACGCUGUGCAGAUCCUGCGCCAGUGUGAGGACGUGGUCAAGCUGAAGAUCAGGAAGGAUGAGGACAACUCAGAUGAGCAGGAGAGCACGGGCGCAGUCAGCUACACGGUGGAGCUGAAGCGCUAUGGUGGACCCCUGGGCAUCACCAUCUCCGGCACCGAAGAACCUUUUGACCCCAUCAUCAUCUCUGGCCUCACAAAGCGUGGCCUGGCUGAAAGGACUGGCGCCAUCCACGUGGGGGACCGCAUCUUGGCUAUCAACAGCGUGAGCCUCAAGGGCCGGCCCCUGAGCGAGGCCAUCCACCUUCUGCAGGUGGCAGGGGAGACAGUCACACUGAAGAUCAAGAAGCAGCUGGACCGUCCCCUCCUCCCCCGCCAGUCAGGCAGCCUCAGUGAGGCCAGUGAUGUGGACGAGGACCCCCCCGAGGCCCUCAAGGGAGGCUUGCUGACAGCCCGCUUCUCACCUGCUAUACCCAGUGCGGACAGUGCUGUGGAGUCCUGGGGCAGCUCUGCCACAGAUGGUGGCUUUGGGGGCUCAGGUUCCUACACUCCACAGGUGGCAGUCCGGAGUGUGACUCCCCAGGAGUGGCAUCCCAGCAGACUGAAGAGCAGCCCCCCACCCCUUGAGCCCCGGAAGACAAGCUACACACCUGGCCCCACUGAUGAGAGCUUCCCAGAGGAGGAGGAGGGGGACUGGGAGCCGCCGAUGAGCCCAACCCCUGGCCCCGCCCGAGAGGAGGGCUUCUGGAGAGUGUUUGGAGAGGCCCUUGAAGACCUGGAGUCCUGUGGACAGUCAGAACUGCUAAGGGAGCUGGAGGCUUCCAUCAUGACAGGCACUGUGCAGACUGUGGCUGUGGAUGGCAGGCCUGGCCCUCGACCUUGGCGCCGGAGCCGGGAGGUCCGAACAUCCUCUGAAGACCUGCAGGAGCUGCUGUUGCCAACACCCCUGGAGAUGCAUAGGGUGACCCUGCACAAGGACCCAGUGCGGAACGACUUUGGCUUCAGCGUCUCAGAUGGCCUCUUGGAGAAGGGUGUCUAUGUCCACACUGUGCGUGUGGAUGGGCCAGCCCAGCACGGAGGCCUACAGCCCUUUGACAGGCUCCUGCAGGUCAACCAUGUUCGCACUCGGGACUUCGACUGCUGCCUGGCGGUUCCACUCCUGGCGGAGGCUGGAGACACCCUGGAGCUGGUUGUCAGUCGUAACCCACUGGCACAGAGUCGCCGGACACCACGAGCACCAGGACCCAGCAGUCCCCAGAUGCUAUGA